AUGGCAGUCAGUAAGAACAAGCACCUUAUGAAAGACAGCAGAAAGAGAGCCAAGAAGAAAGUGGUUAACCCAUUUUCUAAGAAAGGUUGGUAUGAUGUGAAAGCACCAGCUAUGUUCAAUAUAAGAAAUAUUGGAAAAAUACUAGUCAUGAGAACUCAAGGAAGCAAAAUUGCACGUGAUGGUCUCAAGGGUCAAGUUUUUUUGAAGUGAGUCUAGCUGAUCUGCAGAAUGA